GCAGAGGCCAAAGAGAGGAGAGGGGGACGAGAGAGACCGCGAGCGAGAAGCGCGCAAAAGGCGAGCACAAGAGGAAAGGGGAGCACGGCCACCCGCGUAUCAUUGCCAUUUAGCUACGCCCCCAAGCCUACGCCACGCCAUACGCACCACCACCUCGCUGCUGCUGCUGGUCAUACUACGCCACCACCUCUUCCUCGCGUGCUCCCCGGCGUGGCACGAGGUUGCCCAUCUCCCUCCCUUUCUGUCCCUCCCCCGCUUUGCCCUUUAUCAGAGCACCCCCUGGCGUUGCGCGUUGGCAUUUCGUGUCGUUCUCCCCGUCGCUUAUUUAUCAGAGGAACGAGUAGGGGCUUCACUUGCCCGGUUGCCUUCUUCAGCCUCCUCACCUCGCCCGCGCCCGGGAGACACAGAGACAAGCCGAGUGGCAUGCAUGCAUUUUGAGUUUUGAGCAAUGGUGAAGUGCGUAUAAGCUGGGAAUCGAGCAUACGUCAGGAUCUUGGCAUCCAGAAAGCCGCGGUUUUUUCGGCUUCAGUUUGGUGGGUUUCUGGAGAUGGCGUCCUCACAGGAGAAGGCCACGUCGGGUGUUCUGAGGAACGCGGCGGCGCUGCUCGACGAAAUGCAGCUCCUGGGAGAAACGCAGGGUGCAAAGAAGGUGAUCAACUCCGAGCUCUGGCACGCGUGUGCCGGGCCGCUGGUGUGCCUGCCGCAGCGGGGGAGCCUGGUGCACUACUUUCCUCAGGGGCAUAGUGAACAGGUUGCGGCUACCACUAGAAAGACACCAAAUUCUCGCAUUCCAAACUACCCGAGCCUCCCGUCUCAGCUGCUAUGUCAAGUUCACAGCAUCACUUUGCAUGCUGACAAGGAAACUGAUGAGAUUUAUGCACAGAUGACCCUUCAACCAGUACAUUCUGAAACUGACGUCUUCCCAAUUCCAACUCUUGGUGCUUACACCAAAAGCAAGUAUCCCACUGAAUAUUUCUGCAAAAAUUUAACUGCAAGUGAUACAAGUACGCAUGGUGGUUUCUCAGUUCCACGAAGGGCUGCAGAGAAGUUGUUCCCACAACUCGAUUACACAAUGCAACCUCCUAAUCAGGAGCUUAUUGUUCGAGAUUUGCAUGAUAACCUGUGGACAUUCCGUCACAUUUAUCGUGGGCAGCCAAAGAGACAUCUUCUAACAACUGGAUGGAGUCUUUUUGUUGGGACAAAACGGCUUAAAGCUGGGGACUCUGUCCUAUUUAUCAGGGAUGAGAAGUCGCAACUCCUUGUGGGUAUUAGGCGGGCCACCCGACAACAACCGGCAUUGUCAUCAUCUGUCCUGUCUACUGAUAGUAUGCACAUAGGCGUUCUUGCUGCUGCAGCUCAUGCGGCAUCAAGUGGUGGCUCAUUUACUAUCUACUACAAUCCUAGGACAAGUCCGUCGCCAUUUGUAAUUCCUCUUGCAAGGUACAAUAAGGCCACCUAUAUGCAACCAUCAGUUGGAAUGAGAUUUGCGAUGAUGUUUGAGACAGAGGAGUCCAGCAAGCGCAGAUGCACAGGUACAAUUGUGGGAAUUAGCGACCACGACCCGAUACGAUGGCCGAACUCAAAAUGGCGCAACUUGCAGAUUGAAUGGGACGAACAUGGGUAUGGAGAAAGACCUGAAAGAGUUAGCAUAUGGGAUAUCGAGACUCCAGAGAACUCUCUAGUAUUCUCUUCUCCAUUGAAUUCGAAGCGGCAAUGUCUUCCCUGUUACGAAGUUCCUGGGCUACAAAUUGGGUCUGCAAAUUUGUCAUCAAUUCCAAGGGCGCAAGGGAAUCCUUUUGGUAACUUGCAACACAUGCCAGCAAUCGGCUCAGAAUUGGCUUUGACGCUUCUCAAUCAAUCUGGCCAGAACUUUGGGAUUCCGCUCAGUUGUCACCAAUCCUCAUUUUCUAGUAUUAUUCAAGAUGUUAGGCGAAGUUAUAUCCCUGCAUCAACAUUUGGUGCUUCCACUGGGUCAAUAAAGCAAGAAAGCAUGCCUUCAAGUGAAGCCCAGCAGCAGUUGAAUACUCCUAAGAUUCAGAAAGGUGAUCAAAUAAGCUGUGAGGUUCAGCCAGGCAUUGACUCGAUUUCUGCGCACGAGUUGAAUGUUAAAGCAAGAGGGCCAAGAAACACAUUUUCACACCCAAGUCAAAGUAUUUCGGAUCAAAACAGUAAGGGUGAGCCCAGAAGCAAAACUCGAAGGAUCAAGAAGGGUUUGUCUCACAAAACCAUUUCAGAUAAAUCUGAGCUUUCUUCAGUCCCUUCUCUGAUUUGUGACGACCAGCGGCAUGGUUCGGAAGCAAGAUUAGUUGAUUGUGAAGCCGAACAAGAUAACUGUGGAAAUAAUGAAGACUCAUCCGGUGCCCUUACUCGAGGUGAUUUUGCUGGUGAGCAGCAAGUUCAGCAGUUUGAACAGCAUGAACUACUGUCACCACCAAAGUUAGAAUCAUCAAAAUCACCCGAUGUGGGGAAGUUAGUCAGCUCAUUUCCAAACCAAGGGUGUUUUUCACAGUUCCUAGAGGGUCUGGAUUGGGUGAUUCAGCCUUCCUAUUACCAAGACUCCAAUGUCAUUCAAUCAGUUAGUGCAUCAGAUAACAUUUUUAAUCCAUCUGCAGAUAUACCUUCCACAAUAAAUUCUGAUACUAUGGAGGCAUUUCCAAAUUCUUGCCUUUCAGAUUGCUUUCCUAAUUCCAUUCAAGAGUUUAUUAGCAGCCCAGAUCUAAAUUCCCUAGCAUUUCUGUCACCGGAGAUGCAACAUUUGGAUGUCCAGCACGAUGGUAGCAACCUGCCGAGCACAUGCAACUCAUAUGUACAAAUGUGUUUCUCAGAGGAGAGUGGAAAUCAGAGUGCAACUUUAAGUGGCCUGCACAUGGAAGCUAUCCACAUAAGCAUGAACAGCAGUUCAUGCUCUCAACCACUGGCUACGGAGAGCUUUGAUGCAAGGAUGUUCUCAAAGUUGCCAAAUUUAAAGGAAUCCCAAGUAUUGCCUAUGCAAGAGAUUCAUAACAGUUCCAUGGGAACACCUUCUUGCAGUAUGGAUGCGGUCGUGUACAGCAAUGAUCGAAGUGUGAAGCAGAUGAAGCCACCGGUGCGGACAUAUACAAAGGUUCAAAAGCUUGGUUCAGUUGGAAGAUCUAUAGAUGUUACACGGUUUAGAGAUUACCAUGAGUUGAGGUCAGCCAUUGCGUGCAUGUUUGGACUCCAGGGGAAACUGGAACAUCCUGGCAGUUCAGACUGGAAGCUUGUUUAUGUGGACUACGAAAAUGACGUUCUUCUCGUUGGAGAUGACCCGUGGGAGGAAUUCAUCAACUGUGUCAGAUGCAUCCGGAUUCUGUCACCUUCAGAAGUACAACAGAUGAGUGAGAAUGGCGUGCAUGUCUUGAAUGAUUGCAUCCAAAUAGCUUAGUAAGGACUGCUGCUUCUGCAGUUUGCACAAUGUAAAACUGCAAUGCAAGAAAUGAGUGUCCGAGGAGCCAUAGUUGUUCUGUAAAUAAAAGAAAUGGGCAUUGAGUUCU